CCGGCCGCGCUGCAGGGAGGAUGCGGACGGCAGACGGGAGCGUGCGCUGCCACGUGACGGCCGCUAUAAGAGCGCUCCGGCCGCUCGCCCAGCUCCUGCCGCGCCUCCUCCCGGCGCCCAGCUCCUCCGAGCCACCAACUUGCGGCUGUCACGGCCGCUUGCGCCCCCGCGGCACCAUGACAGAUCAGGCCUUUGUGACACUGACCACAAACGAUGCCUACGCCAAAGGUGCCCUGGUCCUGGGCUCAUCUCUGAAACAGCACAGGACCACCAGGAGGCUGGCCGUGCUCACCACCCCGCAGGUCUCAGACUCCAUGAGAAAAGUUUUAGAGACAGUCUUUGAUGAAGUCAUAAUGGUGGAUGUCUUGGACAGUGGUGAUUCUGCUCAUCUAACCUUAAUGAAGAGGCCUGAGUUGGGCGUCACGCUGACGAAGCUCCACUGCUGGUCACUUACACAAUAUUCAAAAUGUGUGUUCAUGGAUGCAGAUACUCUGGUCCUAGCAAAUAUCGAUGAUCUUUUUGAAAGAGAAGAAUUGUCAGCAGCACCAGACCCAGGGUGGCCUGACUGCUUCAAUUCCGGAGUCUUUGUUUAUCAGCCUUCAGUUGAAACAUAUAAUCAGCUAUUGCACCUUGCUUCCGAGCAAGGUAGUUUUGAUGGUGGGGACCAGGGCUUACUGAACACAUUUUUUAGCAACUGGGCUACAACAGAUAUCAAAAAACACCUGCCAUUUAUUUAUAACCUAAGCAGCAUUUCUAUAUACUCCUACCUCCCAGCGUUUAAAGCGUUUGGUGCAAAUGCCAAAGUCGUGCAUUUCCUGGGACGAGUCAAACCAUGGAAUUAUACAUACGAUCCCAAAACAAAAAGUGUCAAAAGUGAGUCCCAUGAUCCCACCAUGACUCAUCCAGAGUUUCUCAACCUGUGGUGGGACAUCUUCACCACCAAUAUUUUACCUCUACUUCAACAAUUUGGCCUUGUCAAAGACACCUGCUCAUACCUAAAUGUGGAAGAUGUCUCAGGAGCCAUAUCACACCUGUCCCUCAGGGAGAUCCCAGCCACAGCUCAGCCUUUUGUAUCCUCAGAAGAACGGAAGGAACGGUGGGAACAGGGCCAGGCUGAUUAUAUGGGAGCCGAUUCCUUUGACAACAUCAAGAGGAAACUUGACACUUACCUCCAGUAGAAACACUGCCAUUUUCCCCUGGACACAUCCACUUCACAGGCACUUGUUUCUGAUACUUAGAGCUGGGUUGAGAAAAGUCUGUUACAAUUGCUAGAGGCUUUCACUAAAACUCAUCAGAUGAGGGGUUUUUGCAGGACAACAGGUAAGAGAACUGGGCAAAAGUUAUAAAGUAGCAAUUCUGUUAUAUGGACAGUGUUCUGCUUUUUUACCCUAGAUUUAUUUAGCCGUUUCAAAAAUUCUCACCUAUGCUGAUUGUCAGCAUACAAUGUAAGGGAAACUCAAUAUUAAGCUAUUACGGUGGCUGUAUCAACUCUUAAAACGUGCAGAACCAGGCUCUAAAUCAGUCUGUCCCUUCAGAACAGGACGCGGCAUCUGUCCCUUGCUUGUUGUACCCUUCAUUAGACCUGUAUUGUAGAAUUGCCUAGUGGCUGCCAGAGUGUAAUUCUGCUUUCAGGUAAAGGCAGCUUACAGUAAUACUGCUGAAUGAUUCAUAAACAUAUCAACAAAUGGCGUUAACUCAUUUUAUUUCCUAGUCUUAGUGUCUGAAGAUGUUCACCAGUUUUCUAUGUACAGUAAGGCAGCAUGCUAAAAUGCUUUUGUUCAGUUCUGUAUAUUCGAAAAUAGCAGUGUGUUCUCUGAUGGUUACCUGCAGUGGCACCCUGUAUGAAAAAUAAAGACAUAUUGCUAUAU